AUGUAUGUCCGUCAGGAGCAGCUACCGAAGCUGAAAGAAUACAAGUACUCAGGUACGCUAUCUCGACGCGAACGAGACGCGUUUAUGCAUCUAACCGCAUCGACUGUAUAGGCGUCGACAAGAGUCUGGUCUCACGCUAUGUCUUGAAGCCAUACUGGUGGAGCCAGGUCAUCAACCUGGUCCCGCUCUCCAUGGCUCCCAAUGCUGUCACGUUGACCGGCUUCGGCUUCGUCGUGGUCAACGUCCUUACCAUGCUCUACUACUCGCCCAACAUGGACCAAGACUGCCCGCCAUGGGUGUACUGGAGCUGGGCGAUCGGCCUCUUCUUGUACCAGACUCUCGAUGCCAUUGACGGAUCUCAAGCCCGACGCACGCGCCAGAGCGGGCCUCUUGGAGAGCUGUUCGACCACGGCGUCGAUGCACUCAACACCACCCUCGAAGUCCUACUGUUCUCUGCUGCGAUGAACUUUGGUCAAAGCUGGAGGACCGUUUUGAUACUCUUCGCUUGCCUGCUCACCUUCUACGUACAGACAUGGGACGAGUACCACACCAAAACACUCACGCUUGGCUUCGUCUCUGGUCCGGUGGAAGGCAUCCUGACACUCUGCAUCGUCUACGCUUUCACUGGCUACAUGGGCGGCGGCAGCUAUUGGCAGCAAUCCAUGUUCGGCGCCCUGGGUGUUCCCCGCUUUCCUUGGAUCCCAGGAAACGUCUACGAGAUGGAUUUCGGAGCCUGGUACAUGGUGUACGGUGGUAUAGUCCUCGUUUUGAACACCGUCGACAGGUGAGUCUGAUCAGCGCCCCGAGGUCUCGAUUUAAGCUGAUCCACUGCGAAGCUCCCGCAAUGUUAUGGCAGCUCGAAGACAACGAGGCGAGCAAGCGCGCCACGCUUUGCUUGGACUGGUCCCCUUCUUCACAUCUUGGGCUCUGAUUGCCGCAUACCUCGCCCUCCAGCCGACAAUCCUCCACGACCACUUGGUUCCGUUCGUUCUUUACGUUGGUCUUGUCAAUGCUUACAGCGUGGGCCAGAUGAUCACCGCACAUCUCACCAAGUCACCAUUCCCCUACCAGAACGUGCUCGUGCUUCCACUCAUCUACGGAGUGCUUGAUUCUCUAGGUCCUUUCCUCACAGAAAAGAUUGGGUUUGGAUGGCCCAGCUCUUUGGGAGACGGUGUGUACCAGGUGGCAUUCAUGUUUACCUGCCUUGGAUUUGCGUUUGGUAUCUACGCAAGCUUCGUUGUAGAUGUGAUCGUUACCAUCUGCGACUACCUGGACAUCUGGUGCCUGACGAUUAAGCAUCCAUACACUGCUGAGACGGAGCAAUCGGGAGAGAAGCAUAUCAACGAGAAGAAGGCUGCUUAA